AUGUCCGACGUUGACAACGGGGAGUUCGAAGACUGGCGCUUGAUUUGGCGGACGGAUCGCGCUCGAGAGGACCGCGACGAGUACUUAAGUACUGUUCUUCCGCGUUAUGCUACCGAUAAGCACAACAGGGUCCCGUGUACCAUCGACCAUCUCGCGAAGGUGGACCCGUCGGACGCUGACAUCGACUUGCAACUUACCACACACUACAUGGGGUCUAUCCUAACGCUGGAGCGCUGCCGAACAAACGCCGACGGCGAAGACUGCUGGUGUCGAUACAAGAUCACCACAUACGAGGAUGGCAACACGACAAUCGUUUUUCAACAAGGCGCUCACGUGAUGGACGACCUCUCUGCUCUGCCACCUCUCCGGGCCCGCAUCACACCAGCGAUGAAGGUGGUGCUCGAAGACCAGCUGGAACGGCAUCCUAGUUUGACCCCUUUGCAGUUACUGUCAACACUGUCUUACAAGAUUGCCAACACGGAGCUUCGUGGACCGGGGCCGAGUGGAAUACUUCUUGCGAGUUUGGGCUACACAAGAGAUCCCCUCGCGCUGUUGUAUAUUUCAGCGAAGCCGUUCGUGAUGAAGGGCGAUGGGUAUCGAGGGUUGGCGUCGCUGCUGUACGACUACGUCCAAGUGCAGACAAAGCUGUCAUCGCAGGCCAGGAACGAGCUUCCGUCCUCAAGGGUGCUCAUGUGUUGGUACCACGUCACCGCCAACGUGUACAAGCAAGGGCGGAGCAGAGGCGUGAGUCUCGAGGAGACCGACAAAUUCUUCGAGGACCUGUACGAUCUACACUACGUGCCCAAAGAUGAGUUUGAAGACCUGAAGACCAAGAUCCUUGCGAGGUGGGCUGCCCUUCCAGCUGGAAGCGCGGCUUUCAAGAUGGGCUGCUACGUCAAGAAGUCGUGGAUCGAUGGGAAGUUCUGCGACUGGCAGGCUUUCCUGACUCCAAAAGGUUGUGUUGCAACAAACAACCCGCUUGAACAGUACCACAAGACGUACAAGAUCGUGAGCAACAACCCCAAGGCGAGCCCACUGCAGAUGCUAGAAGGGAUGGACGCGUCUCUGCAAGCGUUUAUUGCAACAAACAGGGGGUUCCAGACGGCGGUGGAGGCGUCUGCACGGCUGCUUAAAGCUUACGCGCUACUGAAGCCACAUCAACCUGUGCGGCUGCCGUCCGUGGGUGAGCUUCCGGCGGGCUUCGAGGCAGGCGUUCGUGUUCCUGGUGCCGCACCAAUGCGGCGUCCAUUCGUGCCUAACCUUACUCGCGUUCGACGUAGUGCUGGCCGUGCCCGCUCACGCGCACAGAAUGGUAGCGGGAGGGCCGAUGACACGGGUGAUGCCCAAGCUGCACAAGGCCAAGAUCAAGCUGACAACGCUGAGUUGACGCCAAACUCGGGAAACCAGGAUCCGGCAGUCACAAGUCCGACCUCAACGCUGUCCCCAUUCCGCAGCAUUGGCACGGGCACUCUCCUUGAAGCCAUGGACGCUAGCACAACGAGUGAAUCUGGAGACAAUGGCAUUGCAGCGUCUGGAAAUUCUGGAGGACUCGUGGCCGGUAACAAUGAUGCUGGCCCUCGACAGGCAGUGACGCAUGAAUCCCGGGCCAUUGGAUCUUCGGUGAGUCCCCAGCCGGUACGCCGUAGCUCACGUCAACGGCGCCAAACGCAACGCGCGAGGGAGUCCUCCGCCCAAUCAAAGCGCCUUCGUCGUUAA